AUGGUUUCCUUCUCCUGCGAGAACUGCGGCGACGUCCUCACCAAGAAGAAGCUGGAUCCCCAUCGUAACCAAUGUCACGGCGCAUCGUUCACAUGUCUCGACUGCAUGGUACACUUCGACGGAACAGAGUAUCGCGCGCAUACCAGCUGCAUCAGUGAAGCGCAGAAGUACCAGGGCGCGCUGUACCGGCCGGAGAAGGAGAAGAAGGGCAAGAAUCAGAACAACAAGCAGAACCAGAACCAGACCCCGAACCACACGCAGGCUCUUGUGCCGCAUGUCGCCCACGUCGAGGACGCCGACUACGAAUAUCAACACAUCUCGCAUAUUGAGACUGUCGAGCCGUCGAUGCCGGCAGCUCCGACCCCGCCGUCUGCCGCACCGGGGUUUGCGCUCGACUCGAGCCCAGGCGCGGUCAAUGUUUUUGAUUUCCUGGUCGCUGGAUCCACGCCAAACCAGUCUCGGCUUGAGCUUCCCGGCCCGAAGCCAGUGCAGAUGAUUGAGGAUACUAAUGACGAGGAGAUGGAGUUGAAUCACGACAGGGAUCUUGUAAGAGUGCAUUUCAACGAAUCUGUUACAGAUCUGGUGGAGUACGGAAACGGGCCCGUGUCAACAGGAGCGACGGAAUAUCGUACCCCAGUACCCAAGGCGGAGCGGGAGCGUAAGAAGGAUAGAAAGGACCGGGAAUCGACUAGAGAGGAGAAGAAGACUAAAGGGGAGAAGAAGGACAAGAAGAGGAAGCGGCUCCACGUCGAAACUCAGGAUCUAGCACCCCGCGACGACGAAAGCAUGACCGAUGCACCGCCCGUCUUACACUCGGGACUUAGCGGCGGUCUGGGCCGUCUGCUCUCCCGCCCAUCAGUCUUUCCUCCGUCGCCAGACUACUCAGGUGGCGACGUCGCCGAGGCGUCCCCGGGCAGCCCUGUGAAGAAGACGAAUUCCAAGGACUUGAAGCGCGGGCGUGUAGAUACUAUCAGCAACAAUCUUAUGUCACUGAUCAGCAAAAAGCGUGUCUCGUCAAGGGAACAUUCUGAGGACCGACCCAAGCGGAAACACCGCAAGCAACGCGAAGGUUCCGACCGCCCAGCCCGCAAGAUGAUCGAGUACACGCCCAUGAACGGUGAGGGCGUGGCAGAGGACAACGGCAGCCAGCUGGUCGUAUUCCAAAACCGCGCCGAGCUGCUGCUGGGCUUUAUCAACAAGGGCCCGAAUAGCGAGCGGGGUGUUAGUAUGAAUAAGGCGCUUAAGAGGUAUCACCGCGAGAGGGCUGCGCUGAACCUUGGGCUCGGCAAGCAGGCUGAAGAAAAGGAGCUGUGGAGAAGUCUACGCAUGAAGAAGAAUGAUAGAGGCGAGAUCGUUCUAUUCUUGUAA